AUGGCCAGCAGGGGGAAAGUACUUCAACGUGUCUUCAAUCUUCGAGAUGAAAUCAAGGAAUUUCUUCACAACAAGGGGAAAGAAUGCACUGAAAUGGCAGACCCCGAACACAACCACCCACACACAUACCACCACAUAACUAACCACCUGAGCAUUCUGAACAUGGGCCUGCAGGGGAAAGCUCGCUUGAUCACAGAGAUGUACGAUAGCGUCAAAGGUUUUGUGAGAAAUCUAAAAGCCGUUGACUGCAAGAACGAGGAAACGCUUCGCACAUACUCGUCGACAGUGUCGGAGCUGCGGCGUGAAUUCAUGUCAAGGUUUCAUGACUUUGCGAUCCUCGAGGCGAUGUUUAAACUGUUCGCCGACCCCUUUUCAGUUCUUCCAGAAGACGUUAAGCCCGAGCUCCAAAUGAAACUAAUAGAUCUCCAGUGCAAUUCCACAUUGCGACAAAAGUUUGACGAAAUCGGCGUUUCCGAGUUAUACAAAUAUGUAGACAGGAAAUCGUUUCCCUGCCUCAUGCCUGACGUCAGCCAUGUUCUGUCGAUGUUUGGAAGCACAUACGUAUGCGAGCAGUUCUUUUCAAUUAUGAAUAUCAACAAGACUAAGCUGAGGUCCCAGCUGUCUGAUGGCCCAGUUGAGAGUUCGAGCUCAGUUGAGAAUUGCCACUGCGGUCAACCUACAAGUGGGCCACGGGAGCCUGGUGAGGAAGAAGAGGCAUCAAGUGUCGUCACCUGA